UUGCUGAAGUGGGAGCGGAAGAGCAUGAAGGCGUUGGACGGGCGUGGGAUUGGCUUCGACAUGGACAUGUUCAGGGCGGAGAGGACACAAAGCGCGGGCCAUUGUGGAGAUGGUCCCAGAGCAGGACCUUGCGCUUGGACGCAGCUUCAUUGUUGCACGAAAAGCGCUGGUACUGGUCGAACUUGGGCCCUGUCGGACAAAGCGCGACAUAUCACAUGGUGCUGCUGAGACUGAUCUUUCUUUUUGGUGAAAGUGCUCCAGUACAUGGCCAUCCCAGGGAGCUCCGAUUGAUUAACAAGGUUGCCAUCGCUAAGGGACAGGUCGUUUUUGGACGCAAUCCUCAAGGCAAUACCCACACAAGCCCCUAAUUCGUAUGAAUCUAGAACCUGACCAGACGUUAUA